AGAGGCCGAAGCAGGAGGGCUCUGCCGGGGAUCGCCUCUGCCUGCGCGCCCGGAGAGCGCUCCCUCGGGCCGCGGGGGGACGCACGGCCGCGCCAAAGCUCUGUGCGCCCAGGGCGCAAUUCCGCCCCGGGGACCCCCGCCUCCGUCCGCCGGGAGGCUUCGGGCGCCGAUGGAGACGGUGAAGCCGCGGGCGCUGCUGGAGCCGCCCCUGCGAGCCGCCAGCUGCAACGGCUACGGCCCGGCGGAGAAGCCGCCGCCGCUGCCCGCCGCGCCGCUGCCCGCCCGCCCCGCCGAGGCUCCACGCGGCCCGACGGCGCUGGAGAGCUGGAAAGAGGAGCGGACGCGCAGCGAGGAGGACAACGAGCUGAACCUGCCCGGCCUCACCGCCGCCUACACCACCAUCCUGCGCGCCCUGGGCGAGGACCCGCAGCGCCAGGGGCUGCGCAAGACCCCCUGGAGGGCGGCCACCGCCAUGCAGUUCUUCACCAAGGGCUACCAGGAGACCAUCACAGAUGUACUAAAUGAUGCCAUAUUCGACGAAGACCAUGAUGAAAUGGUGAUUGUGAAGGACAUAGACAUGUUUUCGCUGUGUGAGCAUCACCUGGUUCCAUUUGUUGGAAAGGUACACAUAGGCUACCUUCCGAACAAACAAGUCCUUGGCCUGAGCAAGCUGGCAAGGAUUGUGGAAAUAUACAGUAGAAGAUUACAGGUUCAGGAGCGCCUUACAAAACAGAUUGCCGUCGCCAUCACGGAAGCCUUGCAGCCCGCUGGGGUCGGGGUGGUGGUUGAAGCAACGCACAUGUGCAUGGUGAUGCGAGGGGUACAGAAAAUGAACAGUAAGACUGUAACCAGCACGAUGCUCGGAGUUUUUCGGGAAGACCCAAAAACACGAGAAGAGUUCUUGACGCUCAUCCGCAGCUAAAAGGACACCCUUUCACGUGGGACUCCUCCUUCGGAUUGUCUGGUCUUGUGUUGCUGUCGGGUCUCUGCUCUUUGUUCACCUCUCUCUUUAAACUUAACAGUCGUUUCUAAAUUUUGUUUAAGCAGUUCUGUAAAAACCUUUUUUUUUUAAAAAAAAAAAAAAAGGUAAGUCCAAGUCCUUCAUUGCUCCAACUGUCCGUUGUGCUGAAGGUUUUAAUAGUCUUCAAAAUGUUUUCUCUCUCUCUGUGUUAUGAGACUCAAAACUAGUGUUCAGGGCAGAUUUGCACCCAGUGGGUAUGUUUGUCUUUUGUGCUGGCUCAGAAGGACCUCUUAAAAAUAAUAGCGCUUUUGUGAUAAUUGAAAAUGCUUUAAGGAAAUGUCUCGGUUGACCGGGUGAAAGGGAAACGCCCCCCAGGAUUGGGAGAAGAGAGGGCUUGGCAUAGGGUUGCCAGGUGCCCCUUCCCCCGGGGCAAGAGGUGGGAGGCCCAGCACUUACCUUCUCUUCAGUGAUCGCACACAUGUGCGCUCCCAGCCCGUGCAAUGAUGUCACUUCUGGGAAGUGACAUCAUCAUGGAGGCCGCUGGCCACCCUGGGAGCACUCCAGUACUCUGCAGGGGCCCGAUCAGGGCCGAUCCAGGCCAAAACGGGCCUAGAUAGGGCCACUGCGGAGCGCAGGAGCGCUGCUGUGCUCUGCAGCAGCCCUACCUGGGCCGAUUUGGCCCCAAUUCGGGCCGAAUCGGGCUUGGGAGUGCGCUGCGCAGCCUGGGAGCACACUCCAGGAGGCAUGUGCCCCCCUUGCCAGCCAGUAAGUGGGGUGGAGGGUGGGAGCAGGGCAUCCCCCGCCCCCAGCAGGGGACUGGCAACUCUAGCUUGGCAAGAGGAAAGUCGAGACUUCCUAGCUCUAGAAUCUCCCUGAGAAAAGCACUGUUGUUGCUAGCGGAGAAGCGUGCUCCUUCCCAUAUAUCCCUUUCCUCCAAGAACAUCCUUAAUUCUUUUCUUAAUAUACAACAGACUUCAUCUGCUCUCCUUUUCCCAGCCAGACUACGCUGCCCCUGCUGUUGCAUGUUUCCUAAUGCUGAGGAGUUCCAGUGAUAGGCUCUGCAGGGUUUAGCUACCAUCAGAUGUGAGAGUACUGGAGCUUUCCCGUGAUUUUUGUAAUAUUGGCUGCAUUUACAAAUACAUAAACAGAGCAUAGGAGAAGCAAACAAAAACACCUGGAGCAGAUAAGAACGUAAGAAGAGAAAUACUGGAUCCAACUAGCGGUCUGUGUCUACUUCAGCAUCGUGUCUCACAUGGUGGCCAACCUGUUACUCGGGAGAGUCAGCAAGAGGGUGUAAAGUCUGAGGCCUUCUCUUUAAAGCGCCUGCUGGCUCUACUAUUCAGAGGUUCACUGCUUCCAAAAGUGGAGAUUCCCUUUAGUCAUCAUGGCUAGUAGCCACUCAUAGACCUAUCAGAUGCCUGGGCUACCUUCAGAGGAGUUAGCCGUGUUAGUCUGUAAUUGCAAAAUAGUAGAGUCCAGUAGCACCUUUAAGACUGACUUUAUUGUAGCAUAAG